CCUAAUUAAAAACCUAGAUAAUUUAAACGUAGGAUUUUGGCCAAAUUAUCUGUUUGACAAUGGAUUUAGAAUUUGUCAUCCGUGAUUUUAAAUUUUAAUGAAAAAUUGAAGUACCUGUUUUGCCCUUUUCUUCUUCGCUGACCCAAAUCCCUAACCCCCUACCUAUCUUUGCAUCGAGCCUUCUUCCUCCCUUGCGCUGAUCAGCGUAAUAAUCAAGACAGGAGAGAUGGAGGUGGCGCCACUCCCACCAUCCCCUCUCCAGCAGAGACAAAGGGGUUGCCAUUAAGUCUCGCCAACUACCCAAAAAUCAAAAUCCCAAUAUAACUACAACCAUGAUCUUCUUGUGCAAAUGGUAGAUCCGCAGAAACAGAGAAAGCCGCCAUCAACCAAGUCGUCGACGCCACCAUUCGUAAUCUCCCUCUCCCUACUGGACAGCUUCUUCCUCGUCACUGCUGAUGAUGUCGACGAUGUUGCCCCGUCGGAUGUCCUCAUGUCUUCUCCCUUGUAUCUCGCCACCGUCGGUUUCCACUUUGGCCUUUGGAUGGAUAAGCCAUGGCAUCAGAGGAUUCCCCCAUCUUCCUCGCCAGUCUCCGGCUUCCUCUCCAGUCUCCAUCGUGGGCGAUCGAUUAGGGUCCAAUCGAAGCUCCCCCAUUCUUGACGCUCGAUUCUAGAUCUGAAUUCUUCGCUGACUGGUGCAGGGGAAGAAGCACAGAGUGCGACGGAAGAAGAGGAGAAAGGAGAUGUGUCGGGGCGGUGGUGGAGGAGGAUGUGGUGGUGGUCGGAGAGCUUGCGUCGUCUUCUCCGAUCUCCUUCUCUCCCGCGUCCAACUCUGGCGAGAUUGCGCUGGGCACUGCGCAGUCACGCAGGGAUACGCUGGGAAGAAACAAAAAAAACAAGGCCGAAUUUU